UUCCGAAGCGGACAGCUGUAGAGCUGACGACUAGAGCGCUGACACUAGUUUGCUUCCUGAUUGGUUAGUUGCGACAGGCCUGCUAAGGUGAGAGUUCACAGCACUGCACAGCAACCGUGAACAACCAUGGCGGCGCUCAGAUGUAGUUCGUCUCUUCUAAGAGUUAUUCUUAAAGUGAAGCGAUCAUCACACAAUGCAAGCUGUUGGUUCAUUGCUUCUCGUAAUCUUUAUUCUACUCACUAUGACCCUAACGAAGAAACAUUUGAAAAAAUUCUUAUUGCUAACCGAGGAGAAAUUGCUUGCAGGGUUAUUAAAACAUGUAAGCGGAUGGGUAUCAAAACGGUUGCUAUACAUAGUGAUGCAGACUCUGGAGCGGUUCAUGUAAAAAUGGCGGAUGAGGCUGUCUGUGUUGGCCCAGCUCCCACCAGCAAAAGCUACCUCAACAUGGACGCCAUCAUGGAAGCCAUUAAGGAAACUGGAGCCCAAGCUGUCCACCCAGGAUAUGGAUUUCUUUCAGAAAACAAAGAAUUUGCCAGACGUCUGGCAACGGAAGGCGUCACUUUCAUUGGACCUGAUACACAUGCUAUUCAAGCAAUGGGAGAUAAGAUUGAAAGCAAAUUGUUAGCCAAGAAAGCAAAGGUCAAUACGAUACCUGGCUUUGAUGGUGUGGUUAAGGACACAGAUGAAGCUGUCAGAAUUGCAAGGGAAAUUGGCUACCCCAUCAUGAUCAAGGCCUCGGCAGGUGGUGGUGGGAAAGGCAUGAGGAUCGCCUGGGAUGAUGAAGAGACCAGAGAAGGUUUUAAGUUUUCUUCACAAGAAGCUGCAUCAAGUUUUGGUGAUGAUCGACUUUUAAUAGAAAAAUUUAUUGACAAUCCUCGUCACAUUGAAAUACAGAUUUUGGCAGACAAGCAAGGCAAUGCACUUUGGCUCAAUGAGAGAGAGUGCUCCAUUCAGAGAAGAAACCAGAAAGUAGUGGAAGAGGCACCAAGCACUUUUCUUGAUACUGAAACCAGAAGAGCAAUGGGAGAACAAGCAGUUGCACUUGCACAAGCAGUACAGUAUUGCUCUGCAGGAACAGUGGAAUUCCUAGUGGACUCAAGAAGGAAUUUCUACUUCUUAGAGAUGAACACACGACUUCAGGUUGAACAUCCCGUCACAGAAUGCAUUACUGGCCUGGAUUUGGUCCAAGAAAUGAUCCGCGUUGCCAAGGGUUACUCUCUGAGGCACAAACAAGCUGAUAUCCCCAUCAAAGGCUGGGCAAUUGAAUGCAGAGUUUAUGCUGAGGAUCCUUACAAAUCAUUUGGCCUACCUUCUAUCGGCAGGUUAUCACAGUAUGAAGAACCACUGCAUAUACCAGGUGUACGUGUUGAUAGCGGCAUUGAAGAAGGAAGUGAAAUCAGCAUUUACUACGAUCCUAUGAUUUCAAAAUUGGUUACAUAUGGAUGUGACAGAGCAGAGGCACUGAAAAGAAUGGAAGAAGCUCUGGAUAACUAUGUAAUUCGAGGGGUGACGCAUAAUAUUCCACUAGUCCGAGAGGUGAUCAUUCAUCCACGCUUUGUUAAAGGUGAUAUUAGUACAAAGUUCCUCCCUGAGGUUUAUCCUGAUGGUUUUAAAGGGCAUAAGCUUACUGACUUUGAAAGACUGGAAUUACUAGCAACUACUUCAGCUUUGUAUGUGUCUGCACAACUGAGAUCACAGAGGUUUCUUGAUCCGGCGAGGGUUCCUUUUGCUAAAGCAGAUCAGAAGAAUUGGGAGCUCUCAGUUCAGCUAGAUGAAGGAAUUCACUCAGCUGUGGUCACCAGAUCUGGAUCAACGUACUCUGUGGAACUUGAUGGGAAGAUGCUGAAUGUGACCAGUGAGUGGAACCUUGCUUCAGCUUUGUUGUCUGUCACAGUCAAUGACACCCAGAGGACCAUCCAGUGCCUUUCUCGAGAUGCAGCUGGAAACAUGACCAUUCAGUUUUUGGGCACAGCGUAUAAGCUGGCUGUAAUGACAAAACUGGCAGCAGACCUAAGUAAGUUCAUGCCAGUGAAAGCUGAAGAGGAUACCAGCAGCAUUUUGAGAUCACCAAUGCCUGGAACAGUAGUGGCAGUUUCUGUUAAACCAGGAGAAGAGGUUGCAGAAGGUCAAGAGAUCUGUGUAAUCGAAGCUAUGAAAAUGCAGAACAGUUUAACAGCUGCCAAAACUGCAAAGGUUAAAGCUGUUCACUGCAAGCCCGGUGUCACAGUUGGUGAAGGCGAUUUACUUGUUGAACUGGAAUGAAGAAAUUUGUAAAUUAAGUGUGAAAAAUUGUAUUCUUAACUUUUUAAACACAUGGAUAGGAUCAUGCAUUUCCUAGUAAUUCUGUAAAUGUUUCAUUUUUUUUGUUGUUCUAAACAAAAAAGUCAUUCAAACUUCUUUAAAUAAAAACUUAAUAUUUAAAAAGGAUUGUGAUUACUGGUAAAAUUCAUCUUUUUUUCUCCAUUCAUUUUUAAAACAAUAUCUUCCAAACCUUGUGCAGACAAUUUAAUUACUUUGAAUUUUGUUACUUGCCAUGCCCAUCACUUUCUUUUUGCAGUGAAAGAAAAACUUAUUCAAAAGACUGAAAUGAAACUAGGAGCAGUAAAAUAUAAAAGUAUUUCAGUACCAGCC